AUGACAGAUAAUGUGUUUUCUUUAAAAAACGAUGAAUUUUAUGGUUUUAUUCAUACAUUAGUUGGACAACAAAUAGUGGACAUUUUAAAGUUUCAAUCAAUAACAUCUACACAAUCUUUAAUUCGAUAUCCAAAUAUUUUUGAUAUAUUUAAUAUGAAAUGUUCAGAGCCUGAUUUCCUGUCGAUUAGAAAAACGUCAUGUUUGGAGCUUGAAGAUGGUCAAUUUAUCGUAAAAGUCGGAUUAAUUAAUAAUUUAAAUUAUUUACUUGAUUUUUUAAAGCAACAACAAAACAAAAUUAGUGAAGAUAGUUAUAUGGAUGUAGAUUCAAACUUAACAUUCGAUUUUAUCAACAAACAUCCAUUGUUAAAAAACUUGGUUCUUUGGUAUCAACGAAUUGAAAGUGAAGGUGUUACUAAUACAGACAAAAAUGGUUUUUUAAUAGAUUUUAUUAAUACUGUUACUAAUAACUUGACAAAAUCAAGCAAUCAUUUUCGAUACAGUGACAAAAUCAAGGACUUCGCUUUAUCGUUAUAUAUUUUAGGUGGAAAAUUAACGUAUGAAUUUAUUCGAUUAAAUAUACCCGGCUCUUUACCAAGUUUAACAAUGUUGACUACAUUAAUUUCAAAUUCAAAUUUAAAAAUUAGUGAAGCAGAAUUUCGAUUCGAUCAGCUUCAAAAACAUUUUGAGAAUCUGAAUCUUCAAUAUGCAUUUGGUUCUGAGGAUGCCACUGGUGUUAUUAAAAAAAUAAAAUAUGAUUCAAUAACAAAUAAAUUUAUUGGAUUUCCUACGCCACUUGAUCAUGGGGUACCAAUUAAAGAAUAUUAUCACACUGAUUCAUUGGAUACAUUGAAGUUAUGGUUCAAUUCAAUUGAUAAAUCAUCAUUAUUAAAUGUACAUAUGAUUCAACCAGUACAAUCAACAACUCAAAACACAAUUCCAAGUCCUUUUUUACUAUCAGCAUAUGGUAUUGAUAAUACGGCUACAGCGAAUGAUAUAUUACAAAGAUGGUGGUAUAUAUUCAAUCAGUGUUUACAAAGAAAUAUAAGAAUUAUUGGUUUUGCUACUGAUGCUGAUGCUAAAUAUGUACGUGCUAUGAGAUUAAUGAGUGGAUUUUUUGCAUCUCUUCCAAAUUUUCCAGUUCAUCAACAUCA